CCUCAGAUCAGGUGAACCAAAAAAUAUGAAUUUUCCUGUCCUCAUCAUCUUCAUCGAUAAUACGAGCUUUCUUUAGUUCUGGCUGCGCAGAACAUUCAGGACAAGGUUUUGUAGCGUUUGUCAGCCAGGACUUAUGGAUGCAACCUCACCUUCUAGCUCUGGAGCAGCAACACGGGCUGAACCCAGUAGUGGAACCGAUAAUUCUCGUGUUCCAAUCGAACUUGCCAGUCGCUCAGGCCUCAAAGCGAUGGACACUGAAGUGGCGAUGGGCAUUCGUGCUGCCAAGCUGAACAAGGCUCUGGAGCAGACUACGGAAAAGUAUUGCGCGUCAGCCAGGCACAUUCUAGAGCUCUUCCCCAACGUCAAGGGCCACCGGGCACGCCUCCUCAAGGAAUGGGCUGCGGCAAUGUCCGUACAACUCAAACGUUGCAUAGAUGCGGAGUGUAAAGAAUUGUGGAAGGAACUCAAUCUUGUCGAACUCCUCAACCGGCUAGAUCAGAUCACGGAGGAUGAGUCGCUGAGCACUGACGAUGGAAGCUGUAACUGGCGACCGAGUGGCGAUGCCAACGAGGACAUUGAUGCUGGCGAUGCACGCGGACCGGAAGUGCGCGUUUGGCUGGAGAAGGAGCUCGAGAGCGCGAAGGAGAUGACUGAACAGUUGGAAGCGCAAUGUGCCGCGAAGGAAGCGGCCCUCGCCAGGACGCGGGAGCGCCUCAACGAAUCCUGGGGCAGGAUUGACAAGCUUGGCUCUGUUCUGUCUGACUUGCCGCUCGAGGAAGCCAGUCGUGUCUUGGAUAAUCCCCGCCACGACAAGAGUGCACAGUGCAUGCCACCUAGCAAGCGCAAGCGGCUCGCCUGAACCCUCUACCGCAGUGUUUGCAAGCUACCAUUGCCUUUCCGUUCGUUGCCCAUUCUGUGCGGAGUUGGGGCCGUGCGGGCCUGCCAGCAUGGACGUGUCCCUAGCUAAGCUUCCCUCCACUCUUUGACUUGACCUCUCUCUCUCUCUCUCUCUCUCUCUCUCUCUCUCUCUCUCUCUCUCUCUCUCUCUCUCUCUCUCUCUCUCUCUCCUCUCUCUCUCUCUCUCUCCCACCUAUUUUUUGGACCUCCCUGUUUUGGACUGCUCUUCACAUCCAGACGUCUUCAGCAGUGAGCAGUCAUGCCAAGUUGUGUUUAUGUUUCUUUAGUACCUAGCACCGCAUGUGUGUCGCUGCCUGAACGAUCUGUGCUCUAACCGCUCCAGCGGGUUUCCGCAACCUCAAGAGCCCCUUUCUCUCUCUGCUCUACUGUUCGGCCUUGACUCUAUCUUGUCUUCUCCUCUCCCUCUAGCUCUGAUUCUGCCGUGAUCUAUUUUGCAUGUGUACUAGUAACAUUUUGUCUUGAGAGCAUUUGACCUUUACUCGUUUUAUGUGCACUGCCGAAUUAUUGGACGCUUUACUCUUUUAUAUAUAUAGCUUUUUCAUAUUCCUUUUUAGGUAGCGCGUGCUCGUACGGUUAUGUACGUACAGGCGUCUAGUUUUUGUUUAUGCAUUUCUGUAGCAGGGCCUGCUGCAGCCCCACGGUUUGUUUUCCGUUUUCGUGUCCGAGUGGCUCAUUGGCAGAGCAUGGAUGCAUGCCACUCCUCCAA